AUGCAGCUCAGCACAGAGAGCUAUCACGAAGAGUUGCGGCUGUUGCGCGACACGCCGGAGCUGCUGUCCUCUGGAGAAGAGAUGGAGGUGCGGAAGGUAUGGAGAGAGCGGCUCUGGAUGGACGACGAACUGGAGAAGGCGGAGCUGCGUCCAUCCAAGAUCGACGUUGUGCGCCGGCAAGAGGCACACGGCACGGCCAGUGGAAUCGCAGCCCUCUCCUCGGCCUUUGCACCGUCCCACGUCGGCACGACCGAGCACGCCGCGCGGCAGCAGCAAGCGGCAGCGCCGAUGAUGGAAGAGGUGGACGAAGUGGUGGUCAUGGCGCAGCAUGUCGUGUUCCGCGUUGGGCACGACGAAAUCCCGUCGCGCUUCUCGACAAAACACCCCCACUCCAUAAUCGAUGCCUCUGCAUUGGCGAGCGUGCAGCACGUUGAACUCGGUGCCAUGCCUCCCGCCAAGCAGAUGCGAGAGCAGCAGCAGCAACAGCAGGAGCGCGCCAUCAAGCAGCACCUCGCCUCCCUCCGCCGCUUUUCGCGCGACACACCGUACGAGCUCAAGGAGCGCCUUGCUCGCGACAUUGUAGCCGGUCGGGUCGAUGUGCCCAUGCAGACCGCCAUCACGGAUGCCGUGAUGGACGAGCAGCAGUGCUCUCGCCCCACCACGCGGCGGCACUUAUCGCCGGACCUGUGUGUGUUUCCCUCACCGCGGAACGAAAGGCGCCGCGCCGCCGCACGCCAGAGACAACGGCACGAUGACGAACAGCCCGCGUCAGCAGCUGCACUCAUGUGGCGGCUGCCGCUGCGCAAGCCGAAGAUGCCAACGACGCCGCUAUGGCAGCGCCCCUGGCUGCCGCCGGGUACGUGGGCCGUCGAGAUGGCGCACGGCGAUGUGGCACGUGCACAGGCGCUGAUGCGCCCCUCGGCCGUCCGCGACCCGUUUGUCGUGGAAAAGCGGUCGGCGGCCAUCAAGGACAGUGUAGAGGCGCCAAGGCACCACCAAAGCAGACCCAAAGGUACGGGAGUGGCGACGGCAGCCACUGACGGCGAGCAGCACCGCCCCAAUGUUUGGAUUCGCCGGCAAGAAGCCGCAGUGGCGUGCACAGAUGGCACGGAGAACCUUUACGGACUCCAGUACGUCUGGCGGUCACCGCUGCCGCCGGGAGGGUUCAUUCGCGUCUCUCCUGAUCCACGCUUUGCCAUGUGGCCCGACUCGGAGGACGAGGACAGCGACGAGGGCGUACUUGACAACACGGAGAAGUACGACAACUCGCAGGCGCGUGGGAUGCGCGCAGGCGACGGUGAUGGUGUCCGUGAAGACGUUCACUGCAACGUCUCCAAGAUCUCGACGGGCGCCUCUCAGCAUCAUGACCGCCAAGCGCAGAUGCGUCGCCUCGCACGCCGUGUCAACCGCCGAACGCACAAGCUGCGCUGGCUACACAGCAUUGGCCGCCGUCGUGUGUGCUACAAUGAUCUGGCCCUCUCCGACUCGGACAGCUCCUUCGCAGGCGCCGCCUCGGCAUCGUCUUCCUCCUCAUCUCGGUCCACCUCACCGACAGUUUCGGCGCUGCGCGACAUUCAUGUUGCAGCCGAGGUCAAGAAGGCAAGUAAGACGUCGGUGCGUCUACCGUUGCUCCAUGAAGAUGGCAAGGCCCGUCGACGCCAGCGGCGGAGGCAGGAACGCCUCAAGGACACCUCACGAGGGUCGCGGCCCGUGUACGACAGCGCGUUGAACAUCAACGUCUACGCCGAGAUCGUCGAGAGCCAAUCUCAGCACGUCAGCACUGUUGGUACGUCGCCUCUUCGAGCGAAGUCGAAACAACACGGCCAGCAAGCGCGCAAUGCCACGACAACGACGCGCCGCUUCCUCGGGUGCUACCGGCAGAGCCGCCUCCUCAUUCACUUCAAGCUGUACUGCCGGGCCUUGUACGAGGAGGAACGGGUGCGCCGUGGCGUUCCUGGCACCCACGUAAUUGGACGCGCCGGCGGAAGCGCGCCAGAGUACACGCCGGCAACGGAAGGACUGCUUGCCGGGGUGCCGGCCAUUCCGCACCCGGUGCUGAAGCUGCAAGAGCACGCGCCGUCACUGCGUAAGUCCCACGCCCAUCGCAUCCCCGUUGCGUCGACCAUGAGCGGCUGCCGCUGCUGGGAAGGUCUGUACCCGGCCCUCGGCACCAAUCUGGCCACUCCGGUUCAACAGGCGUGGCGGCAGCUGCGGCGGUCCAGCCUGGUGCGUCAGGCCCUGCGCGACAUCUACGACGAGCUUCCACACGACAAGGAGGGCCUCCUGGGCAAGCGGGCGUUUGUGCUGUUUGUGCUGCAGCUGCUCGAGCUCUUCUUCCCCACCCGCCUCCCCGUGGCGGCCCACAUCGCAGUCGCGGAGGAGGAGUGGGUGUACCGCGGCACGACGGAGCACGUCGGGCCACAAACCUUUCACGAGAAGUUCUUCGUCUUUCCGUUCAUCUUUUACCGCGACAUCGCCGCCGUGACGGAGGCGCAGCUCGUCGAGUUCUGGACUCUCGUCCGCGUCUGCUUCGAUGCUCAGAAGCGGGCGCAGGAGAGGCCGGCGGCGACGAGCGCAGCGGUGAGUGGGCGGCCGUCGUCGCUGGCGGGAAAACGUGGCGAUGUGCCGCGACCUCCCCUCCUCUCCCUUCUGACGCCGCUGACACUUUUCACAGCGGAGCAGCUGGACGUGCUGCUCUCGCGCCCGCCGCCGGCGUUUGACGUGGGCGUGUACGAUCGAUACUGCCUGCUCCGCCAAGCCUUUCGUGAUGACCCUAAAGUACGUAUGGCCCCGCGCGAUCAUCAGUACGUUGUGGCACGCAGUGUGGUGGAGACGCAGCUGCAGCAGCAGCAGAGCCUAGGCGCUAGCAACUGGGUGGCACAGAAAGGGAGCGCCGCACACAAGAUGGCAGCAGCGCUGACGGCGUGUCGGGCGCAGCUCUGCUCGGCAGACGUGAAGCGGCGCGCGGAAGUGGCGACGGCGGCGCAGCGGGAGCGAGAAUCACGUCAGCGCAGCCUGCAGGCACAGGAGCACAGGACGCUGCUCGAACAGUCGGACUACUACCAAGCGCGCAUCAGCCGGAUUCAAUCACGCGCCGCAACCGUGAUUUCGGGUAUUGAGAGCACCUGCAGCACCUGGGAGCUACACCGCACCGAGGCGUACGUCCCUCCGCAGAAGGACGACAACGCCGACGCGCGGCUGCCGGUGGAAGACGACGUGGAAGAGCUUCUCCUGGAGUACCUUGACGACGUGCCGCUUGACGUCUUCGACGGGCAGGUGUCGCUGCGUGAACGCUACCUCCUCUACGCCGACCUCCGGCAUGAGCGACUCAAGCGCACCUUUUCCUCGCCGCACCCGCCUCCCGAUCCCGCCCCCUCCGUCGCACUCACGGAUGACGGCCGCAGUGCUGCGCUACCGCCAGUGAGCCCGGUAGGGCGAGCCACGCCGUCUCGCCCACCUGUGAAGCCGGAUAAUGUGGCGCAGCAGUACAUGGCGGUGAUGACAGGUGACCUUGGCGCAACGCUGCGGCGCGUCACCGUCUCAGAACAGACGAAGCCCUUGCUUGAUGGCGCGAGCAAUGCCAACGGCGGCGCUGUCAUCACGCCCCCCACCACGUCCUACGUCGCAGGUAUGUACCCUCUACGGGCCGUGCGGCGAACGGUGAGCUCGGUGCUGUGCCCGUCGCGAGUGCCUAGCCGCUGGAGGAGAAGCAUCAUGAACAGAAGAAGCGAGACAAGCCUGUUGGGAACGUGCACAACGUCCUUCUCGGUCUCGGGUGUUGAGGACGACGGCAGAAUCGGUGCGGCCUCGACGUUCUCGUCCUUCUACACCGCCACCCCCGUCUCAUAUGCGCAACCCACGCGCAGCCCAACGACACGCGGCGUUCAGCCCAAAGGCGUUGCCGCGAGCACCAGCGUGUGUGGCGUGAGCGGGCGGUAUACUGGGAAAGAUAAGGAUGCUGCGAUGGAGGCCAUGGUGAGCAGCGCAUCUCACACCGGUGUGCGCAAGAAGUCCUGUUACCGAAAACCUGCUGCGCCACAGCCACGCCAAUUGUCGCGUCUGGUCACACCAUUUGUUCCUGUAUCCCCGCUUCAGAGGCCACGCGACGGUGACGUGCCCAUCCUCUUCGGCCUGAACUGGGUAGCGAACAUGCCUGCAAGCACCCAGCGCGACACAUCGCCACUGCCGCAGCACCAGCAACCGCUCACGUCCGCCAGGGCCUCAUCCGCCGCGGCGCUUUCGACGGCGUCCACGUCGUCGGUCCUGCUUCUAGAUCUAGGCGAAGGAGUCACCAACGCAUCGCCGAGAUCUGCUCCGUGGAUCUCGCAGCAGGGCUCGACGGUGGUGCACCACGUCAGCCCUCGACUACCGCACCCGCCGGCAACGUCCACUGUGCAUGCGCCAGCGCUGCCAGCGUCGCUACAGUAUGCUCAGCGCCUGCGCGCGCAGAAGCGUCGCCAGGAGCAGUACAAGCGGCAGUUUAACAACACCGCCAAGGCCGCAGCAGGAGUGACCUGUAAGCAUUGA